CUUUGUACUGGAUUUUAUUAGGAGCAUGCGAAGGCAUUGGAGGAGCAGAAGCACAAUAAAAUGGAGUACUUAGAAUUUUUAAAAUCCUGUGACUUUAUUAAGGCCAGUAGCCAGUGGCGGAAAGUUCAGGACCGCUUGGAAACUGAUGAAAGAUGCUCCCGCCUUGAGAAAAUCUAUCGCUUGGAGAUUUUCCAGGAAUAUAUACGUGAUUUAGAGAGCGAAGAGGAGGAGCAAAGGAAACUGCGGAUGAUUAAAGAUUUUGCUGCAUAUCUGGCUGUCUCAUCAAAUACUUCAGGAUCAGCAGCAAAAGACUUAUUUACAGAUGUUAUGGAUGAGCUGGAGAAACAAGUGAAAUAG